AUGUUAUGUCUGUGAGUGCGUAAUGAGGUGUUGAUUUGCGUGAUGUGUUGUAUCUCACCGGACGGAAAGUUUAUAGCGCUGAGUGUGGUUUUACAGCGUAACAUUCACAGAGGUGAAAACAGUAUCUUUCAUACAUUUCGUUUAUCCACUGCGCCUGUGUUUUGUGUUCAUGGUAACAUUGGAACUGUGUAAAGUUGUGAUUUACCUGUAGAAAAUGAUGGACAUGCCAGCAUCAAGCGAUAUUAUGAUAAUUGGAGGGAACUCACAUCCAGAGCUUGCAAAUUUAGUCGCUAGCCGCCUAGGGGUUAAACCUGCAGGAUGUGCAGUGUACCACAAAACUAAUCGAGAGACCAUGGUGGAGAUUGGAGACUCUGUUCGAGGCAAAGACAUCUACAUUCUGCAGACAGGAACCAAGGAUGUGAACAAUAACAUAAUGGAAUUGUUGAUCAUGGCGUAUGCCUGCAAAACAUCCUCUGCAAAGAGCAUUGUUGGUGUUAUUCCUUACCUUCCAUACAGUAAGCAGUGCAAGAUGAGAAAGAGAGGAUGUAUUGUAAGCAAAUUGUUGGCUAAGAUGAUGUGCAAGUCAGGUCUCUCACAUGUCAUCACAAUGGAUUUACAUCAGAAAGAAAUUCAGGGAUUCUUUGACUGCCCUGUUGAUAACUUGCGUGCCUCACCCUUUCUUCUUCAGUAUAUACAGGAAUGUAUACCUGAUUACCGCAAUGCUGUGAUAGUGGCUCGUAAUCCUGGGUCAGCAAAGAAAGCAACAUCGUAUGCAGAACGUCUGCGACUAGGCAUUGCAGUCAUUCAUGGAGAACAGAAAGAAGCAGAAAGUGAUAUGGUGGAUGGAAGAUAUUCUCCUCCAACUGUUCCUCGAUCUCGCACAAUGGAUGUUGGUGUGGGGGUACCUGCCCAUCCGGCCAAGGAGAAGCCUCCUAUAAAUGUAGUGGGUGAUGUUGGUGGACGAAUCGCCAUCAUGGUGGAUGACAUGGUUGAUGACGUGCAAUCAUUUGUAGCUGCUGCUGAAGUUCUGAAGGAGCGUGGGGCAUACAAAAUUUAUGUCCUUGCCACCCAUGGACUGCUUUCUUCAGAUGCACCACGACUCAUUGAAGAUUCACCAAUAGAUGAGGUUGUGGUGACAAAUACAAUUCCUCAUGAGUUACAAAAGAUGCAGUGCCACAAGAUCAAGACUGUGGAUAUUAGUGUCCUCCUCUCAGAGGCAAUUCGUCGCAUCCACAACAAAGAAUCUAUGUCUUACUUAUUCAAGAAUGUCACACUGGAGGACUGAAUGGGCUCAUAUUUGAUGAUAUAAAGUAGGAAUAUGGAUAAUCUAUAAUAAAUUUAUGUAAGUUGAUCCCUAGUUAUUAUAACAGUAAUGACAACCACUGUAUGAAGGUGUGUCACUCUUCAGGUCAGUGUUAAGUAAUAUGUUUCGUGAUGGGUACAGACGAUUACAUUUCAACUGUAAGAUUUACAUAUAUAUUUUACAAGGUACAUAAAAUUUAAUUUGUCCAGAUAUGUUUCUUUUUGUGCUGUAAUGAUAAUUUUUUGCAAUUGCCAGAGUAAGUGUGGUUGGUGCCAUUCAGCUGAUGAACUAAUUAUAGCUGCGGUUGUUCUUAUUCAGCAUAUUCUGACAAAACCCAUAAUGUCUGAGCAAGUGCAGUGUUCAUUGUCUUUAUUAGGAAUUAUGUCAUUUUAGUGGAAAGGAUGAGACAUACAUUUGGUGUACGAGAGCUGUUACAUGUCUGGCAGGAUGCAGAAAAUUUGAGGUUUCUAGAAUGUAUCCAAUAUUUAUCUGGUAGCUUGCAUUAGGUAUCAACGAUAAAACUGUUGGUUAAUACCAGAACAUAAAAAGACCAUGGAAAGAUCUUAUAAAAAAAAAGUAAAAACGUGGUAGGGCAAACAUAAAAUCUUGGAAGAAGAGAAGAAAAGUGUGAGAACCUGAGGGAAGCAGAGUAGUUAGUGUACACUUUGUAGAAGACAAGAAAAUGGUGAAAAGUAAACAAAACCUAUAAAUAUCAGUGCAUGUAGCCAAAAACAUGCAGUGGAGAGCAAUGAGAAUGUGAGAAGUUUGGAAUUAUACAAAAACUAGAAAGAACGUGGAAGCAGGAUAUAAGGUGGAAAAAUAAGGAAAGAAGGAAAACAAGUUGAAAGAAUACCUUGAGAUUAAAAAGGAGAAAACUAAAUUAAAAAUAUACAAAUUUUCAAAGAGAAAGAUCGGCAGCAGCAUAAUAUUGCUCAUUAAUGCAUUCGCCUCACAUGUCUAGAUUAUGAGCUUAUGCAUACAGUACUGCCUCAGCUCCCACCAUUAUCUUGUUGCACUUGUAGGCAUUCAGUAUUUCUGUCCCCCCCCCCCCCCCCCCUUUCUUCAGUAUUUUCCAGUUCAUUUGUUUUCUAGAAUUACCUCUUAUUCUCUUUUUAUAUUAAUCAUUUAUUUCAGUUCUUUUUCCCAUUACUGAAUUUGAUGUUGCUCUUCUGAUGAUCUUUGAAUGAGUUGUACCACGCUUGUGUUCUUAUAACCUUUUUGUCGUUCAUAGCUCUGCUUUAAUUUUGCCUCCCAUUUUUCUUUUGUCUAGUCAGUAGAAUCUGGUUGUUUUUUUUAGUGCCUGUAGUUCAAGAUUAAAUGUCCAAAUUUUUAUGUUUUAUAGGCAUUAUUUUUGAAGCACUUAAAAAUGCUUAUUAACAUUACUCCUAGAAUUAUCAUGGUUAGAUUUUGUGUUUGGCUACUCCCUUAAGCUUAGCAGUGUCCUCUGUGGAUUUUGAUUUUGUGUACUGUUUGUGAUACUGAUUGUGCAGUUCAUUAACAGAGUAUCUUCACAGGCUCGUUUAUUUUAUUCUACUCUGAUUUGAGUGUCACAUGCCUUUAGUGCGCUGUAGAAAUUGUGCUGAUACGUAUUCUUUGUUUUGAUCUGCUUUAUGUUUCAUACAUUAAUUUUCAUAUGUCUUCCUGCUGCCUUCAUCUUAGUUUUUUCCUUACUUUACUUACUGAGCUCUCAACCCUCCAUUACAGUCCCAAAUAGGACUGCCUGUUGUGGUAUUCUUGGCUUGAGAAGUAACUUGAUGUUAACUGUGUGCUGAUUAUUUUCUCAGUUUAACGUUGUUUAAGCUUCCUCAUAUGCUGCUGUUUAUUUUUCAUGUCUUGUUUCCCCACAGAGACUUAUAUCUUGACCAUUGUUUAAAUAGUUCUUCUCUCUCCAGUAUCUUAAAAUGUUCUGUGUGUUGUGCAUUGCCAGUUAGAUCUUCAACUUUUCUUAGUUUUUCUUGAAAUUUACCAGAUAGCAUGUUCUAAAUGUGUUGUCCCUUUCUUCUAAAAUACAGAUUGGAGAGUUCGAAAUGAAGAUUUCAACAUAGCUGAAGGCAGAUAAACAAACAGACUAUCCACAUUCAUGAAACCAGCAUACAGUUUUUAAUGUAAUUGGCAGUUUUGGUAGACUGUGAAUACUGUGUUAAAUUUUAAAAUCUGGAACACAACGAGAACAGUGAAAAGAUUUUCACAUAUCAAUUUUCUAGAUACUUCAGUCGGAAUAUUUCAGAUACAUACUCAUGUAAAACAGCCACUUUUUUUUCUUCUGGUUAUCUUGACCUUGUGUUAAUGUUUACUUCUAUUGCAUGACAAAAGUUGUUUCAUACUUGGGGGUGUGUGCGGUAUGCAAUAAAAGAGUGAACAUAAUUGUUUGUGACUGUUACUAAAUUCUUGAAUUGGUAAACAAUUUGAAGCAUGUAGUUGAUUAAAGAAGAUAACCAUUUUGCUGCAUAAGAGAAAUCUUUGCAUUUCAAGCAAACAUCCUAAAAUAACUUCUCUCAAAUUCUAUUCUUAUUUUGCAUCAAGUUGAAUUUGAAUUGUGAAGUUUCUGUUUCUCAAUUUUUUUAAUUUUUUGUAUUCUGUUAAACAAUAUUUCUGUAAAUUAUUUUACAUUUUUGCAUGUGUUUGCUGCAUUUAGAAUCAUAAUGUCUAUCAAAUGGGAAAAAGCAUCUUUGCUUUUCUGUGUGUCAUUAGUUUAUAAAGACUCAUGAAUUACUGAACACUGCUAAAAUCACAAAGCCAAUAGACUGGCCAGUGCUUACUUUCAGGAGAGACAACUCACUGAGAACAGAAAAAUGUACUCACAUGUUUUGGAACCAAACAUUUGUUCCUCUAGGUUUAUAGAGAAAUUAAGUUGGGGAAGUUGGACAUUACAUUUGUGAGGACAAAAGCUGACCUCAGCAAGUGGGUUUAUCUUAACUUAUGGUCUCAGUUAUAGACCACCCCACUCCUCUCUGAUCUCCAUUUUCACAGUAUUGUUUUGUAUUUUAAGUGUUUCUACUGGCAGUACUCAAAGCUGUGUCUCCUGAAGGUGAGUACUGGGCAGCCUUUCUCUCUCUUUGUGAUUUCAACAACUUUGUGAACUGAUUGUUUUAUACAAAUUACUGAACUUUAAUUUGGUGUUGCUAUAUGGGAAGGAGAAUAUUGUGGUUGUAUCAUCUACUUUAAAUGAUUUAUUUGUGAAGCCUGUCUUGGAAGUUUGGAGCAAAUACCAGUAUUGUUAAUCUGCAACUGUAGAUCAGUGCGUAGUAAUAACUUGAAUGCAUGCAGCCUCCACAUUGAUUUCCGUGUAAACUCUGUUGUAUACUGAAGGGGGGGAAAAAAGGUCAUAUUCAGCCUUUAAUGCUGCGACCUUUCCGUAAAUCUCAUUAAAGUUUAUAAAAGAGUUUUUUGAAGUAUGAAUAUCAUAAUCAUUUUAAUUGACUUUGCAUAUGUGAUCAACAGAUCAAUUAAAUGUAGAUAUUGUCACACUGCUUGGCAUAUAAAACUUAUCUUGUACUGUAUUAAAUUCCUUUGUUAGGUACUUAUAUUGGAAAUGCUUUCAGCAGUAAACUCAGUGGGUGAAGGCUAAAGGUAUUGUUGAGUUAUUAUCCUUACAUGUAUGUGAUAAAUGGUUGUAAACAGUUUUCUGUUUAUUUCUGCCAAAAAUUUUGACUGCAAAAUCUACAGUAUUCCUAUUUUGUUUUCAGUAUUAUUUGUAUUAAAACUGGUAAUUGGAAGAUAUUCACUAAAAUAAAAUUUUCUGCCUUUUGAUAGUAAUUGAAAUCUAGAUUGUGAGGGACAAAUUAAAGAAUUAGACAGAAACUUACCCAGUACGGUAGCAUCUGUGUUACACAGAAGGUGUACUAUCAGUUCAAAAUGUUUUUAUGUGGUACGGGAAAUUAUUGGUGCAGUAUUAUAAAUAUGGAACCAAUUUUGAAUAUAGCAGAUCCAUUCUGUUGAACUGAGCUGACAUCCAGAAUAAAACUCUCAAAAUUUUGCAUACAUUGUGUAAUGCAAACUUUAAAAACGUCUUUUUUUGUCAGGUGUGUGGUGUGCAAACUACAAUAAAAUCUCUGACGGGGAAUCUCAAAUUUAAGAAAAUGUUAUUGUGACUGGUAUUUUCUCAAAUUGUAUGGAAAUGAAAGAACGUGUAUGUGUGAAUCAGAUUUGGCGUGUAAAUAAAUAAGGAAAUAAAAACAUCUCUUCAUUUGCAAACUUA